CACCAGUGGGCACCGGUGGAUGGCACUGCUGGGCACAGGUAGGUGGCACUUAUGGAAGGCACUGCUGGGCACAGGUGUGUGGCACUGCUGGGUGGCACUGGUGGGCACUGCUGGGCACAUGUGGGUGCACUGUUGAGCACAGGUGGCGCAUUGCUGGGCACAGGUUGGUGGAACUGGUGGGCACUGAUAUGUGGCACUGAUGUGGCACUGAUGGGCACUGGUACGUGGCACUGAUGAGCACUGACAGCUGGCACUGAUGGACACUGACAGGUGGCACUGCUGGGGCUACACUGAUAAUCAGGCCACACUGAUCAUCAGUGCCCUGAUGAUCAGUGUACAUGUUCCCUCCACGGA